UCGCUGAAGACACUUUUUCCAACACACACACCCCCGCCCCGGCGCGCUUUGUUUUUGUGUGGUGGGGAGAUAGGAGCGACGGCUGCUCCCUCCUUGUGGCGAACACUGGGGCCGUACAAACCGGCGCAGAGCCGCUCUCUCAAGUCUCAGCGACUGGGGAAGACGACUCCUUGGAGGAGGAGGACGGCUGGCAAAGGGCCACAUACACAGCUCGGCGACUGAGGGGCUUCUUCUUGGGCUGCCACACUUGAGAUGUAUCUGAGUACUGAAGUUCACACACACACACAUGACCUACAGAACUGAUUUGACUGCCUCACUGAGUCUUGUUGCUGAUAUGUGUUCAAGAUGAGUGGGAUGGGAGAAAAUUCCUCUGACCCAUCCAGGGCAGAGUCAAGAAAGCGCAAGGAAUGCCCUGAUCAGCUUGGACCCAGCCCUAAAAGAAGCACUGAGAAACGUAAUCGUGAGCAGGAGAAUAAAUACAUAGAAGAACUUGCAGAGCUGAUUUUUGCGAAUUUUAAUGAUAUUGACAACUUUAACUUUAAACCUGACAAAUGUGCAAUCUUGAAAGAAACUGUGAAGCAAAUUCGUCAGAUAAAAGAGCAAGAAAAAGCAGCAGCGGCCAAUGAAGAUGAAGUACAAAAAGCGGAUGUAUCAUCUACAGGUCAGAGUGUCAUUGACAAGGAUGCACUUGGACCAAUGAUGCUUGAGGCCCUAGAUGGGUUCUUCUUUGUAGUGAACCUGGAAGGUAACAUUGUGUUUGUUUCUGAGAAUGUGACACAAUACCUAAGGUACAACCAAGAAGAGCUGAUGAACACAAGUGUAUAUAGCAUCCUGCAUGUAGGGGACCACAAUGAAUUUGUCAGAAACCUGCUGCCAAAAUCUUUAGUGAAUGGGGGACCUUGGUCUGGUGAAGCCCCUAGGCGCAACAGCCAUACUUUUAAUUGUCGGAUGCUGGUAAAACCUUUAACUGAUGCUGAAGAAGGCCCUGAUAACCAGGAAGCACAUCAGAAAUAUGAAACUAUGCAGUGCUUUGCAGUUUCUCAACCAAAGUCCAUCAAGGAAGAUGGUGAAGAUUUGCAGUCUUGCUUGAUUUGUGUGGCAAGAAGAAUUCCAAUGAAGGAAAGGCCAAUUCCUCCCUCAUCAGAGAGCUUUUCUACUCGCCAAGAUCUGCAAGGCAAGAUAACUUCACUAGACACUAGCACUAUGCGAGCAGCCAUGAAACCUGGCUGGGAGGAUUUGGUGAGAAGAUGCAUUCAAAGAUUCCAUGCACAGCAUGAGGGAGAUAUAUCUUUUGCCAAGAGGCAUCAUCAGGAAGUGCUGAGGCAGGGACUAGCAUUCAGUUCUGUCUAUCGAUUUUCCUUGUCUGAUGGCACUAUAGUUGCUGCCCAAACGAAGAGCAAGCUCAUCCGUUCUCAGACUACUAGUGAACCUCAGCUUGUAAUAUCCUUGCAUAUGCUUCACAGAGAGCAAAAUGUCUGUGGAAUGAAUCAGGAUUUGACUGGACAAACAAUGGGGAAGACAUUGAACCCAAUUAGCUCCAGCAGCCCUGCCCAUCAGGCCAUGUGCAGUGGGAACCCAGGUCAGGAUAUGACCAUCAGUAGCAAUAUAAAUUUUGCCAUAAAUGGCCCAAAGGAACAAAUGGGCAUGCCAGCAGGCAGGUUUAGUGGUUCAGGGGGAAUGAACCAUGUGUCAAGCAUACAAGCAUCCACUCCUCAGGGUAGUAACUAUGCACUAAAAAUGAAUAGUCCCUCACAAAGCAGCCCUGGCAUGAACCCAGGGCAGCCAAACUCUAUGCUUUCCCCAAGGCAUCGUGUGAGUCCUGGAGUGGCAGGAAGUCCUAGAAUUCCACCCAGUCAGUUUUCCCCUGCAGGAAGCUUGCAUUCACCUGUGGGAGUUUGCAGCAGCACAGGAAAUAGCCAUAGUUACACCAACAGUUCCCUAAAUGCACUUCAAGCCCUCAGUGAGGGUCAUGGAGUUUCUCUAGGGUCAUCGUUGGCUUCACCUGACCUAAAAAUGGGUAAUUUACAAAAUUCCCCCGUUAAUAUGAAUCCUCCCCAACUGAGCAAAAUGGGAAGCCUGGACUCUAAAGACUGUUUUGGACUUUAUGGGGAGCAAUCAGAAGGUACAACUGGACAAACAGAGAGCAGCUGCCAUUCAGGAGAACAGAAAGACAGUAAUGAUAACAAUGUGCCCCAGGUUAUCAGUGGUGAGAGGCCUGAUGGACAGAACAGACUGCAUGAUGGCAAAAGCCAGACAAAGCUCUUACAGCUGCUGACCACCAAAUCUGAUCAGAUGGAGCCUUCACCCUUGUCAAAUUCUAUGGGAGAUGCUAACAAGGACUCCACCGGAGGCUUAUCUGGUUCUGGUUCAGCACAUGGAACCUCGCUCAAGGAGAAGCAUAAAAUUUUGCACAGACUCUUGCAGGACAGCAGUUCUCCUGUAGACUUGGCCAAACUUACAGCAGAGGCCACAGGCAAAGAACUGAACCAGGAGUCCAAUAGCACAGCUCCUGGUUCAGAGGUGACUGUUAAACAGGAACCAGUGAGUCCCAAGAAGAAAGAAAAUGCACUACUUCGUUACUUGCUAGAUAAAGAUGAUACUAAAGAUAUUGGUUUACCGGACAUAACCCCAAAACUGGAGCGGUUGGACAGUAAAACAGACCCUUCUAGUAGCACAAAGUUAAUAGCUAUGAAGACAGAAAAGGAGGAGAUAAACUUUGAGCCUAAUGAACAGCCGGGCAGUGAGUUGGAUAACUUGGAGGAGAUUCUGGAUGAUCUACAGAAUAGUCAGUUACCACAGCUUUUCCCAGAUACCCGGCCCGGUGCUUCAGCUGGAUCAGUCGACAAGCAAGCCAUCAUCAAUGACCUCAUGCAGCUCACAGGUGAAAACAGCCCUGGCACAUCUGUUGGAACCCAGAAACCAGCAAUGAGGAUUUCACAGAGCACUUUUAAUAACCCACGGGCAGGACAACUGGGCAGGUUAUUACCAAACCAGAAUUUACCACUCGACAUCACAUUGCAAAACCCAUCAGGUUCAGGACCAUUCCCACCGAUAAGAAACAGUAGUCCAUAUUCAGUGAUACCUCAGCCAGGAAUGAUGGGCAGUCAAGGGAUGAUAGGAAAUCAAGGAACUUUAGGGAACAAUAGCACAGGAAUGGUUGGUGGUAAUACCCCUCGGCCCGCCAUGCCAUCUGGAGACUGGGGUGCUCAGGGUUCUGCUGUGAGGGUAACCUGUGCUGCUACAACCAGUGCCAUGAACAGGCCAAUCCAAGGAGGCAUGAUACGUAACCCAACAGCCAGCAUUCCUAUGAGACCCAGCAGCCAGCCAGGCCCAAGACAGAUGCUUCAGUCUCAAGUCAUGAAUAUGGGGCCAUCUGAACUGGAGAUGAAUAUGGGGGGACCUCAGUACAGCCAACAGCAAGCUCCUCCGAAUCAGACCGCACCAUGGCCGGACAGCAUCUUGCCUAUAGAUCAGACAUCUUUUGGUAAUCAGAACAGGCAACCAUUUGGCAGCUCACCAGAUGACUUGCUGUGCCCGCAUCCUUCAACAGAGUCACCAAGUGAUGAGGGAACGCUCCUGGAUCAGCUUUAUUUGGCACUAAGGAAUUUUGAUGGCCUAGAAGAAAUUGACAGGGCUCUCGGAAUACCAGAACUGGUUAGCCAGAGCCAAGCUGUAGAUCCAGAGCCAUUCUCAAGUCAGGAAUCCAACAUCAUAAUAGAACAAAAGACACCCGUUUUCACUCAACAAUAUGCAUCUCAGGCUCAAAUGGCCCAGGGUAGUUAUACACCCAUGCAGGACCCAAACUUUCACCCAAUAGGACAACGGCCUGGUUACGCAACACUGCGUAUGCAGCCUAGGCCUGGUCUCAGGCCUACUGGUAUAGUGCAGAACCAGCCAAAUCAGCUGAGACUUCAGCUUCAACAUAGACUCCAAGCACAGCAGAAUCGCCAGCCACUGAUAAAUCAAAUCAGCAGCGUCUCCAAUAUGAACCUGUCUCUGAGACCUGGAGUACCCACACAGGCACCUAUCAAUGCACAGAUGCUGGCCCAGAGGCAGAGGGAGAUACUGAGCCAGCACCUGAGGCAACGACAGAUGCAUCAGCAACAGCAGGUGCAACAGCGGACUCUGAUGAUGCGAGGACAGAGUUUGAAUAUGUCACCAAGCAUGGUGGCCUCUGGUGGCAUACCAGCAACCAUGAGCAACCCACGGAUUCCGCAGGCAAACGCACAGCAGUUUCCAUUUCCUCCAAACUAUGGAAUAAGUCAACAACCUGAUCCAGGCUUCACAGGGGCUACCACUCCCCAAAGUCCACUGAUGUCCCCAAGAAUGGCUCAUACUCAGAGUCCUAUGAUACAGCAGUCUCAGGCUACUCCUGCCUACCAGUCCUCUACAGAGAUGAAUGGGUGGGCACAAGGGAAUAUGGGUGGAAACAGCAUGUUUUCACAGCAGUCCCCUCCACAUUUUGGGCAGCAAGCAAACACCAGCAUGUACAAUAACAACAUGAACAUCAGUGUAUCCAUGGCAACCAACACAAGUGGCAUGAACAACAUGAACCAGAUGACAGGGCAGAUCAGCAUGACCUCAGCGACCUCUGUGCCUACAUCAGGGUUGUCCUCCAUGGGUCCUGAGCAGGUUAAUGAUCCUGCUAUGAGGGGAGGCAAUCUUUUUCCAAACCAGCUGCCUGGAAUGGAUAUGAUAAAGCAGGAGGGAGAUGCAUCUCGGAAAUAUUGCUGACCUUGACGGUUGCUGGUUGCUCCUUUCUUCAGCUGCCUGGGCUCACCAGCCCAAAACACUUACCAGUUUGAAGACUUGCAUCUAUUGGUUUUGACCCAACUGACCUGCCAGCCAGUUCCACUGGAGCGAGCUCAGCUAAACGCUGCAGACAGGAUUCAGCUCUGCCUUCCAGAGUGGAGUCAAAACAGUUGUUGCUGGAAGAGCAGCCUCUUCUCUGACAGUCUGAAGCUAGCGUACAGACAGUUGCUCAGUCUGUUCACUGCAUUCACCUUAGUGCAACUUAGAUCUCUCCUGCGAAGUAAAUGUUGACAGGCAAUUUUCAUAAACCAUGUCAGAUUGAAUGUAUUUAAAUGUAUGUAUUUAAGGAAAAACAACCAUGCUCUUGUUCUGUUCCUGUUUAGUUCUAGACCUUGGUUUCUUGCUUUUUGUUUUCCCUGGCUACUCAGUCUGGUGCAACGGAUUCAAUUCCAUCUGCAAAUCAGUGUUUUGAACUAAGGCCUGCAUUUUGGGGUCGUUAGUGGGUUGGACGCUAGUGAGGGUGUGGGCAAUGUAUGGGGAAUAAACAGCUAAUCAAUUGGUUUGAUUUAGGAAAAGAUAGAAAAGCUGGACCUUGUAGAAAACUAUACAGAUCAAUUUUGAAUGGGUUUAAAGUUAUAAAACUGGCUAAAAACAUCCUGUGAGAGGGCUGUUUCGUUAGGGGCUUUUUUGGUGGUUGUUUUAAAAAAAAAAAAAAAAAUUAUAGUGCAAAUCAUGAAUCCAAAAAUAUAAAUGCAUUACCUUUUUAUGGAAUUAAAUUCCUGCCUGCCUCUCCUGGCCCUCUUUUCCUCCUCCUCCUCCUCCUCUUCUAAUAGGAUAAAAGAACAGGUAAGCCCUUCAUUUCCCAGGUGUGUUACCUGCAGUUUAGGCUGUACGUAACCAGUUGUUGAACAAUGAAUUCCAAUGAGAAAGCAUUUAUUGGUGAUGGUAGUGGCAGAAUUGGGGCAUAAUAUCAAAAAGAGCUAAAGGCACCUGCUUUAAAAUGUGUUAAUUUCCAUUCCCCAUCCCUUAGGUGGGAAAAUAAUGAUUUGUUUAAAACUUAUGGCAGAUAUCACUACAGAUUUACCAUCAUGCGUUUUUAAUUCUUUUAAAGCAGUGUGGACUAUGAGGAAGUUUCGUAAGGUACAUAAAAUCCACUUUAUAUGUAAACAAGCAAUAAUUUAAGUUGAGAACUUAACUGUUUUAAUUGUAUAAUUUUUUUGUGAGGUAUACAUGUUGUGGAGUUGAUUCCAAAUGAGGUACUUCAGUAUUAAAUUAGAUAUCUUCAUAGCCGUGUGUGUCUCCUGAAAAAGUGUUUUGUAAAGGAUCACAAUGCCUUGAUUAGACCUAAUUUGUAGGCUUGAGACUUUUCAACUUGUGAUUCUGCUCAUAAAGUCAUUUAUCUAAUCUAUAUUAUAUGCAGCCACUGUAGGAACCAAUUCUUGAUUUUUUGUAUGUUUAUAUUCUUUCUUAAUGAAUCUUAGAGAAACUGUUACUAAACAAGCCACUGUUAAGGUGGCUUUUUUUCUUGCCCACUGUGGUUGGAAUAAUCUUUUACUAAACUGGCAUCAGUUUCUGAGGACUUGAAAUACCAAGAAAUUGAUGAUGUUUUUGACCUCCUAUUUCUCUCCUCUAACCCCCAAUCCACACACUUUCUUAUCUGAACUCAAAUUUUUUGAUGUCCUUUAAAAUGCAAUGCAUUUUAUAAUAUCUCAUCAGUCAUGCCUUUUGGGAGUGGAAGGUUUCUUUCCCUGUAAUUUGAUUGUUUAUUUAUGGUGGGGGUUAAAAUGUACAAAGUAUCCGUUGAUCUCUAUACACAGCCGAUGAAAAUAUGUUAAAGGUGAUUUAAAAGAGUUGUUUCCCAUGGAAGGAUUUUCCCGAAAAUCAAGGAAAUCUGCUAAUCCAUUUGUUUCCCACUCAGAGGGACUCAUAACACACAGGGAAACAGCACUUUUCUGCAGUCACCAUUUUGUAUGUCAAAUUCUAAAAGGAAAUAUUUAGUCAACUGAGCCAUCGUGUUUAGCUCUGGUGGAAAACUUUAAAGUAGCUGUCAGCCUGAGCUCCAUAGUCUCGUUGAUAUGAUGACAUUUUUAUUAAACAUACAUUAUAUACCUGAUUUAAAUUUAUUUAUAUAAGAAUUGUGUAAAUUAGAGGGACUUUAACUUCACACAACACAAAAUGUAAAUGGGUUUUAAACUAAUUUUGUUUGUAUUGUAUUCCUUUUCAAUACUUGACCCUAACUUCUUUCAAUAGAUUAAUCUUUUUCACGGUGGACAAAAUGAGUAGUUUAAAUUUGUCCCUAUUCAUGACAGAUCUGCAAACCUUUCUAUUCGAUUUGUAAUUAUGAUACUUCAUCGCCCAUUGCCAUUUUAAAAGGAAGGAGAUUAUACCUACUACUUUGGCUCAGAAUUAGGUUCUGGUGUUUUGAGUUUUUGACUAGCUAAUUAAAAAAGAAAAGCGAGUGAAGGAAUCUUCAGAUCAUAUUGAUCACUGUAGAAACACAAAAAUAAAUAGCCAAAUCAAUUCCCUUCAUUAUCAGUAUUUCUCAUUCUGUACACAGUAAAUUUGUUGGAGAAAGUGCUUGGAUUUUGUUAAACAGAACAAAUAAUCAGUGUUCUACUUAUAUUACUAAAUGUGAAAGGCACAUAAUGUGAAAAGUAUACAUACAUAAACUUGGUCAUAUGACCCAUUUAAGUGUUCAUGUAAUGUGGUAAGUUUAAAAAGUGAAGUGAGCUGUUUUGCUACAAUGAAUUAAUUUGUACUCAAAGUUUAAAAUUUCGUCCCAUACCAAUAUCCCUUUUGGCCUGUAUUAAUUGAAAGCAAUGUUUUUGCAGUUUAUAUAAUGCAUUUUUUAAUAUAUGUUUUAAAAUGGAGUUCAUAUGGGCUUAACACAUGAAAUGGGUGGCACAGCUCCACUUGCAAAACCCAAAGAUACACAAUCAGUUUUGAAAUGCAACUUAAGCCAUUAAUUGUUGGUGUGAAUUUCAAGUUUUCUAGUAUUUGUAUGGUAGUAUGCUGCCGAAGAGCAAAAGUAUUCUCUGCACAAAAGAAAAUUACUGUAGUGGCUUUGAUUUUAAUUAGAAUUUUCUCCCUGGUGUUUCUUUGUAGACUAAAACAAAAUCUUUUCAGUUUCUUACUACAGGUAAAGCUAUGUGCAAGAACCUCAAAAUGCUAAAAUCUAGCAUAAUGCCUUAGAUCGGUUUUUAAGUCUUGUAUAUUCCUACCUAGCUGUCUGAUGUAUUAUAUUUGUAUAGUGAAUUGUGUACAAUUUUGGAAUAAGUGUAUCAUCACUUACCUUUAUGUUGCUGAAUAGAGAUGGACACAUUUCUUCAAACAUUUACUGUCAUUUAAUUUUUUUCCCCUUUUUGUCAGUUGUGGGUUUUAUUUGUACAGUUCCUCAUCAAGUUGCAUCUGAGAUGUGUGUAUAUGAAAAGAUUAUACAAGGGUAAAAUUAAGCAAUAUAUAAACUAUGGUUCUUCAGGAGAAAGCUUACAGUGUUUCAGGUUGUGAUUUAUUUUCAAAGCGGAGUUGACUCUGAACAUCACCUUGUUCACCUGCAUUGAUGUUUGUAUUUCUAGUGUGAGCAGUUUAUGCAAAGGUAGAUAUAUUCAGAGAAAUUUUAAAUACAUUUAUGCAAGUUAAUAUUGCUUUGCUGAUGCUAUUUGCUUAUUUGAUGUUAAAUAAUGCUAUUGUAAAUAAAGAAUUCUGUUGUUAUUGCAUCAUUUAAUAAAUUUUAAUGCCUUCGGGUUUUACAUGGC